CCUCCUCCUCAGCUCCAGCCCGCGCCGCGCCGCACACACCCACCCGCCCGCCCGGCUCCGCGUCCCUCCGCUCUCCGCCGGCAUGGUCAUCAAGGUGUACAUCGCCUCCUCCUCCGGAUCCACGGCGAUUAAAAAGCAACAACAAGAUGUUCUAGGCUUCCUGGAAGCCAACAAAAUAGAAUUUGAGGAAAAGGAUAUUGCUGCCAACGAGGAGAAUCGGAAGUGGAUGCGGGAGAACGUUCCUGAAGACAGGCGGCCAGCCAGUGGGAACCCGCUGCCACCCCGGCUCUUCAAUGACAGCCGCUACCUCGGGGAUUAUGAAGCUUUCUUCGAAGCUCGAGAGAACAAUGCAGUAUAUGCAUUUUUAGGCUUGACUGCGCCACCUGGUUCAAAGGAAGCUGAAGCACUGGCAAAGCAACAAGCGUGAAUUUCAACUGCCUUAAUGUUCUGUAAAGGGAAUUUCCACAGCUUUUUAUAAAAUAGUAAAACUGUCUCUGCUUCAAGAAAUAUAGAUGUGAUUUCUAACAAUUGAUUGGUGCUUGCAGCAUUCACCAUACAUAACACAAAUCUGAACACAAGAUGAAAAUGUGAACAUAAAGGUAGAAAGCAUGGGUGUACUAUUACGAAGUUAUAAGCAUAGGAAACUGAAGCAAUUGGACACGAAUGGCUUUCACAUAGUUUAAAUUGUCUUGGCAAUUUGUCCAUUUUGUGUAAACUUCAAGAAGCUAUUUUAAUACAGAUGUGGUUAUACCCAGGAAUCCAACUAUUUAAAAUAUAGGGGAAAAAAGCAACUAUCUAAAACCUUGUCAGAUACAGCUUUAGUGCCUGUGUUGCCUCAAAAACAUUACAGAAAUACACAGCUUUUCAGUGUCUUUACAUUCUGGUUUCAGAUGAAGUUGUAGGUGGUGGUGUGUAUUAUAACCAUUGUAGUCACUGUUGAAAGUUAUGUUCUUUUGUAGGAUGGAUAUUUAAGAUUUGUAACACACUGUACAGAUGAUAAAAAAAAAUGUCGUGUUUCUCAUUUAAGUGAUUUGUGAGGGCUCUUUUGACAAAGAAAAAGAGAUGUGGGCGCUGGACAGCCUUUUCGUUGGCAAGUUCAUCACACAGCUGCCUAAGCAUGACUUGGUUACACGUUUAUGUGCAAGAUUCAGUGCACUUCAAAGAAAUACAUGCUGAUUCCCAGGCAAUGUUGCAAUUAAGCCAAAAUGGCCAGAAGUGGCAUUUCCUUACCUGUGUAAGGGUGAACGCCUUUAAUGUAUUUCUCUACAAAAAUACCAGUUCACACUGCUUAUAGUGUUAGGCAUCUUAAUGCAUGUUCAAGUAGUCAUUAGAUUCAUAUAGUAUUUUUUCAAAUGAGUAAAGUUAAAUGUUGGAAUAGCAAGAAUUAUUGCAAUUAUCCAAGAUUUUUUUAAGGUUUAAAAGCUUAUUUCCAUUGCUAUUGCCAUAUCAUCAAGCUAUUACAGGAAUUGUGAACCCAUUAAAGUGUCUUGUAUUGGUGAAUUUACCACGUGCAAUAUUAACCUGUCUGUUCUCCCAGUGCUCAUGAGAUAGCCUGAAUUUCUUGGCCAUGUUCUGCAAAAAUGCAGAUAAUUACAAGUGCCCUGAAGGAUAAGAAGCAGGUUUUAAAAAUGUGUGAGUAAUUUAAAAUGCAUUAUGCACCACAUAAUGUACUUAUCCCCUCAAAGCAUCAAAAUACAGAAAGGUAAUUAGUCCUUGCUAUAGUCAGAGGAUCAUUCUAAUAGCUCUGCAUACACAUAUUUAGAUUUUCUUUGCUUUAUGAAGAAACAGGUGGUACAGUUCAGCGAAAGACUGCAGUGUAUCAUGCGAUGCAGUUAUUUCCCAUUUAUGCUUUGAAAUGUAUGCAGUGCUUUUCAGAGACCUGACAGAAUGGUUUACAGUUCAUAGUUUUAAAGUCUCCAAUUAGGAACAGGAUAGAAGUAACAACUCCGGCUUACAAAGACGGUUUAAAGUGCAGUAAUUAAAUACUUCCCUCCCUGACGUCUCUUUGGGGCUUUUGUUCAUUCACUGAAACCAAUGAUUUUGUCAACAUCUGUUAAAACAGAAAUGCAGCUACUUGCUGUGUUUGGAGAGCAGCUCUGCUUCUGCAGAGUUCACGUUGAAACUUCCAGAGAUGCCAGAGGGAGCAGCACCUAGCAUGGAGCCAAGUUAGGCACAUACACAUUUAUUUCACCUUUCAUCUUUUUUGAUUUGGGAGCCAGCAAGUUGGCUUAAAGCUUGCGCUUAAAAAUGCAAGCACGCUGUCAAAUUACACACAGAUAGAUUAAUGUUGCUUUACCUUCAAAAUUUACACACGCAUUUGUGCUUUUUUUAUUAACAAGCUUUAUCAGUAAUUACUGAAUUUCUGUGAAAUUUAUUUUUAAGAUCUUUUGAGUGUGGAAGUACUGUUGUAAGUUUAGUGUCUUAUUCUUGUUCACUGUAAUUUCAUCUUUCAAAAUGGAGGUGAUUUUUCUUUCUUCAUAUUUGUGUAAUCUUUUUCUAUGUCUAAACUGAAGGCCAAGUUUUUGAGAAAGUAUUUCAGAAUACUAAGUGAAGUCUUGCGAAGAAAGUGGAAUUUGACACACAAGUCAGUAUCCUCAUUCCGAUUUCCUGUGUUUCCUGUGUAAGGAAAGUAAGUUUUGUGAAUUACAGUCAUUAUUUGGAAGAAGCUGUAAUUGAAAGUCACUGCUGAAUUCUGUCAGUUCAGCGACCCAGAACGUUCUGAAAUGAGGUCAGUCUCUGUUCCUGAUGGUCGAGAGAAUUACCAGGUUAAGAAAGCGAACUCACUUUCCUGGUCUGGUCCCCCAUCCUUGCCAUAUGGUAGCAUUCAAACUGUAUCAGCAUUCCUAAGAAAGCUCUGUUGAGACAGACUGAAUUACUUCUUUGUCCGGGGAACAAGGCAGCAACACAAAGUGAAAAAUACCUAAAAUAUCUUUGUUGUGGGACUGUGUGACAAUGUUGAUGCAGACAUCUUGUUUGAAUUUGGCAGUGCUAGCAACGUGUUGCUCUAUGCUACUUUUCUAGUUCACAUACCUGAGUUAAUGAUGGACACAAGAACUGAAUUUGUUCAUUUCUCAUUUUAUGUUUUCCUAUGUAGAUGGCAGGCAAUCAGGACUUAACCUGUAUUACUAACCAUUCCUGUAUCAUUCCAAUAAAACCGUUUUAGAAUGCUUUCUCACA